AUGGAUCCCAUGGAGCCGCCAGUCCAGAAUGGCGACGACUCGUCGCAGCAACUGUUCGAGGAAGCCCGGCGCCGGGUUGACUCGCAGACCCCGAACCAUGACAGCCCGUCGCGCCAGCUGCUCAUGGAGUUCAGCCGCAUGCUGAUCGACUCCGACCGCAAAUUCCACAGCGAGCUCGACCGCGCUUCCGCCGAACAGGAGAAAAAGCAUCUCGAAGCCUUAGCCGCCGCAGCAGCCGAGCACGAACGUGUACGGCAGAGUGCCGAGCGCGUUGCCGAGAAAUUCCGCCUCCAGGUAGAGCAGGAGAGACGGAGGAGGGAGGAAUACGAACACCGAGAGCUGGAGCGGAUACGUCAGGAGAACGCUCGUAUUGAGGCUCAGACGCGGCAACGCCAACUUGACGAGGUUAAGAGGAAAGAAGAAGAGCAGCGGAGAGCAGCCGAGGAAGCAAGGGCUCUCGAGGUGGCUGAAGAGCGUCUCCGGAAACAAAAGGCCCAAGAAGAAGCGGACGCAGCAAAGAGGAAGGCUGAGCAGGAAGAGCGGGAGCGGAAAGAAAGGGAGGAGUCAGCCGCGGCCGCAGCCGCGGCGAAGGCCAGAGCAGAAGAAGCUGCCAAAAUCCAACAAGCACCAGCUCCGGCUGUGACAAAUGGUGCAGCAACAGCAACAGCAGCACGUCCGCCGGCGGGGACUAACUCGGCGUUGGUGUCCCCACUAACAGAGCGUGAAGCGGUUCACAAAGAGUACCUCGAGAUCCAUCAACGACUGAAGCCCUUACGCGAGAAGUUCAAGCAGGAGUUCAGACGUGAUCCUGCCCUGAAAGAAUUUUCCAACAUUCGCCGUCAAAUUCGCCAGAAAAUUGGACAACUUGUUCCGGGUGCUAAAGAAAAUAAGCAGAUGCUUCAAAAUAUCCGUGACUGCUUCACCCAAGCCGUCAAUGCACCCUGCUUCACGAUAGACGUCAAGCCAUUUCUCGCUUCAUCUACACAAGCUCAAUUACCACCCGGCCCUUUCCAAAUUUCUGCACUCCUCAUAUGGCUCUUCAAUUGCUUCGCAAAAGACAUCAUCAAUCAGCUUUGCACCGAAGCAGGCGUCAAACCUGCGGCCGCUGACCCAAUUGGCAUUGUGGCGGUCUCGAUUCUCGGAAAUCCUCAGUACUGCAUAAACGGCCAGAUUCCGUUCACCGACAUCCUGCUGGCAAAAUACCACAAGUGCUGCGGCGUGCUGUUUGGCAUUUACGGGCCGGAGAAGUCGCAACGAGGCCGCCAACGGCUCGGCUGGAGGCAAAUCGGCGGGGAGUGGAUCACGGAUCAGAGCCAUCUCGAGCGCAUGACUGGUCUGGGCGCCGGAUGGGCCAGUUUGGCACUGCGCAAGAUCAAGGUCGGCAGCGCGCUCGUGCACCCGUUGCCCAACGCUCAUUAUUGGCGAGCCUUCUCGCGUAUCGUCAAUACCCCGCCGCACGAGGCAACCCCCACGCAUUACAUGGUGCUCAAGGCCAUGCUCGAGGGCGACUCGAUCGACCGCUUCAUCCAGUGCUACGGCCAGCCCGCUCUCGUCGCGCUACGCAAGGGCCUCAUUGAAUUCCCUCAAGGCAACCCAUCCGUAGCUGCGAAGUCUAUGGCAGCUAUGGUCGAAACGAUCAAGAAGGAGAAGAUGCUCACGCUGUAA